AUGUGGUUCGCCACGACGUUUACUGUUCCAGAGGACUGGAGUGGACAGUCGAUAAUCCUGAACUUUGAAGCGAUCGACUACGAAGCAACAGUCUUCAUCAAUGGCAUUCAAGCCGGCUUUCACCGAGGAGGUUAUUUCCGCUUCACAAUCGAUGCCACGCAAUUUGUGGAUGUGUCUGGGUCAAACAGCUUACUUGUUUUUGUCCAUGACCCCACUGACCUGCCACCCAAUGUCAUUCCCAUUGGCAAGCAGACGAGAAACCCAGAACAUAUCUGGUAUGUUCCGUGCAGUGGCAUCUGGCAGACGGUCUGGCUGGAAAGUGCCCCGUCAAACUACAUCUCGCAGCUUGAUGUUACUGCGGGCAUGGAUGGCACAGUCACCGUGAACGUUCAUAGUUCUUUGAACCAAUCAUCGCCUGUCGAGAUCUCGGUGAUCACGGGUGAUGGUGAUGUUGUUGCCACUCACAGUGGUACUUCCGAUUUGCAGUUUGACUUCACCGUAGAUUCCCCUUCAUUGUGGUCACCGGAUUCGCCCACUUUAUACAACCUCACUGUGAAGCUGGGUGAUGACACUGUCUCUAGUUACACCGGCUUCCGUACAAUUUCCUCGGGCAUUGUUGACGGGGUGCAACGGCCAUUGUUGAAUGGAGAGUUUGUGUUUCAAUUCGGAACUCUAGAUCAGGGGUUCUGGCCAGAUGGUAUUUACCUCGCGCCGACUCUCGAGGCACUGGAGUUUGAUCUCCAUGUUUUGAAGAAAGUGGGUAUGAACAUGGUCAGAAAGCAUAUCAAAGUCGAGCCCGAUCUCUUUUAUCACGCAUGUGAUACAAUCGGCCUGCUCGUCAUCCAAGACAUGCCAAGCAUGUCACCUCGUGUCGGUGCCCCUAGCGGUCUUGUCCCGAAUGCAGACCAGCAAGCCGAGUUUGAACGCCAGAUUGGGAUCCUGGUCAACGAACACAAAAACUACCCAUCCAUAGUUACUUGGGUCAUCUAUAAUGAAGGUUGGGGCCAGAUCAGGGAUACUUACUAUCCUGAGUUCGGCAUUGCGGAUAAGAUUAGGGCAGCCGAUCCAACGCGCCUAAUCGAUGCCAUCACUGGAUGGUAUGAUCAUGGCGCUGGAGACUUCCAUGAUAACCAUCAUUAUGCCAAUCCGCAGUGUGGUACGCCAUUCUACUCCAUUCAGUCCACACCGUACGACCCCACGAGGAUUGCCAUACAAGGAGAAUUUGGCGGUAUAGGUCACAAUGUGUCUAUUGAGCAUCUCUGGAAUAAUCAGAAAGCUAUUGACGCCAUAAAUCAGACUUAUGAGCUGAAUGCCGACCUUGAGUCAUAUAAUUACCGGGCACAUCAACUUCUCACCGAGUUCCGAGACCAGGUGGCACUGUAUUCCUGCAGUGGCGGCGUUUGGACGCAGACCACAGAUGUGGAGGGGGAGGUUAAUGGGCUAGUGACAUAUGAUCGCCGACUUUGGCGCCCGGACAUUGAACAAUGGCAAAAAGAUAUUCAGGCUUUGUAUGAUGCCGCUACGGGACGAGGCGGUGCAGGGAAUGGUACACAGGCAAGGCUGAUGGUGUAA